AUGAGUAAAGAAAAGAUUUCGGAUAGUGUAUCUGUACUUAUAGAACUUAUAGAAGUAUCUAUUCAUUGUAUACUGUACGCAAGAAAAAUAUAUCCAGAAGGUAUUUUUGAACUAAAGAAGAAAUACAAUGUACCUGUCCAUGUUUCUAUUUACCCUAAGUUAAAUUCCUAUAUAAACGGUACACUCAAUGCUGUCAAAAGUUUAUUGAAAUUAAAAAAAUUGUGCAAAUUGGAUGUUUGUUUUUAUAACAAGAUUGGAGUUGUAGUUGAACGUUUCGUAUUCAACAUUCGUAAUGUUGAACUUGAAUUAAAUUUAUCAGAUUUUGCGAAUUUAAGAGAUCCAUAUUUAAUAAAAUUAGAACAAAUGUUGAGAGCUUUCUGUUUAAAACUAACAGUUUGUGAUUCUCUGUUGAAGCCUUUACCUCCAAGUUGUACAUUUCAGAUUCACAUUCAUACUACUGAAACAACGUCCAUUGAAAUUCAAAAGGAUACAGAAGAAUUUCCAUUAAUACCUAGUGAAAAAAAAGAUACAAUUUUAACAUCACCUGCAAUAGUGCCAAUGCGCAGUAUUGAUUGUGAACAUUUAAAUUUAGAAAUAUAUGCUGAAGAAGGAAAUAAAGAUGAAGACCCAGAUUUAUUUACACCGAGUCCAUUAAUUUAA